UAUUUUCACGGAGGCGCAUACUAGCAAGUUCACCCUGCUUCUUUAACGCUCCAAGGACGACUUGCUGACUCUCAUACCAGUUUAAUGGACCCAUGUACACAUCGCGUACCUGUUGCGCAUCUUUCGAAGAUGACCGGAGCCCCUGUUCUCUCGGUGCGAUACCGUCUUGCUCCUCAGCAUCCGUUUCCGGCAGCCUUGAUCGAUGCGUUGACCGCAUAUCUCUCUCUGAUUCACCCGCCUGCUGGGUCGCUGCACGACCCCAUUCCAGCAAACAAAAUCGUCCUAGCCGGUGACUCUGCGGGUGGUAAUCUAUGCCUCGUUCUUCUACAGACACUCCUCACGCUGCGCCGGAUCCCUCCCACGGCGACAGUCCGCUUCCAUGGAAAGGAAGUCCCCAUUGACCUGCCCGCCGGCGUGACCUUGGUCUCCCCCUGGUGCGACGUGACCCGUUCAAUGCCCUCAGUCUUCAGAAACGCAAAGUUCGAUUACCUCGGUCCUCCUCCUCAGGUCCCAGAGGCGCUCUAUCACCCAUACCCCUUCCCCGACGAUGACGUCUGGCCUCGAAGCCCACCACGCGUGGACAUGUACGCAUACGCAAAUUGCGUAACGCACCCAUUAGUCUCCCCUCUCGCUGCUCCAAAAGAGCUGUGGGAAGACGCCCCGCCCAUCUUCAUGGUCAUGGGCGAGGAAGGCCUCACGGACGAAGGACUACUGGUCGCGCGCAAAAUUCACCACGCCGGCGGAACAGUCGUGGUGGAGCAAUUCGAAGGCAUGCCGCAUUGCUUCGGCAUGAUCAUGCUCGGAACGCCCGCGGGACGACGCUCUUUCGAGACCUGGACGAAAUUCUGCCGCGACGUUGUCGCAGGCCGUCCCAUCAAGCGUACUGGAGAAAUCACUUAUCUGCAAUAUAAGCUGCGGGGAACAAAAACCAUUCCGAUCGACGAGGCGUGUCCGUCUCUCAGUGAUGAGGAAAUCGAUAAACUGUUGCACAAGGGCUUGAAAUGGCGCAUUGAUGGUGAACAAGCGCUCGUGAGUCAGUGGAAAGAGAGAUCAUCAAAGUUGUGAACAGAGCUAUUCUUUCUCUGUUCAUAUUCUUCCUCUGUUUUAUACCCUUGAAUUCCCUUUGCUGCUGUUCUCGCUCAAUAUUAGCUUUUAUUCUUGUGUUUUUUUUCCCUUCAUUUUUGAACAUAUGGAAACAGCGCACAUACCAUACCCCCUUUGCACUUCAUGUUGUCUUUAUAUAUGUCCCUCUCUCUGAUGGAUCAGAGAAUUAUGAAUAUGGAACGAGCAUAUUACACGCUCAUACAUAAGAUUUAAAAUCUUUGAAUUAAAAUGUAUAUGAAGAAUCUGAUAGAUU